GGCCACUCAGCCCAGAACCUUCCUCCUUCUCCGGCGGCGGCGAAGAUGAGCAAGUGGAACUACGUCGUCACGGCACACAAGCCCACCAGCGUCAGCCACUCCUGCGUCGGAAACUUCACCGGCCCGCACCAGCUCAACCUCAUCGUCGCGAAAUGCACCCGCAUCGAGAUCCAUCUGCUCACUCCACAGGGCCUUCAGCCUAUGGUAGAUGCACCGAUAUACGGAAGAAUCGCGAUGCUUGAGCUCUUCCGUCCUCAUAAUGAGACUCAGGACUUCAUUUUCAUCGCUACGGAAAGAUACAAGUUCUGUGUCCUAAAGUGGGAUGGGGAAAAAUCGGAGCUUCUCACCAUAUCCAUGGGAGAUGUUUCUGAUCCCCUUGGCUGCCCUACGGACAAUGGACAGAUUGGGAUUGUUGACCCUGAGUUUAGGCUUAUUGGUCUUCACCUCUACGAUGGAUUAUUUAAAGUCAUACCUUUUGACAACAAAGAACUGCUGACGGAAGCUUUUGAUAUCAGACUAGAAGAGCUUCAAGUAUUGGACAUCAAGUUCCUGUAUGGCUGUGUCAAACCUACAAUAGUUGUCCUCUACCAGGAUAACAGAGAUGCAAGGCAUGUUAAGACAUAUGAAGUUGCACUGAAGGACAAAGACUUCGUUGAGGGUCCUUGGUCAGAGAACAAUUUGGACAAUGGUGCUGGUCUUUUAUUACCUGUACUGGCUCCACUUGGUGGUGUUAUAAUUGUUGGUGAGGAGACAAUAGUUUACUGCAAUGGAAAUUCUACAUUAAAAGCUGUACCCAUUAAACAAUCCAUCAUAAGAGCUUACGGACGGGUUGACCCAGAUGGUCCCCGCUAUUUACUUGGUGAUAAUACAGGCACUUUGCAUUUACUUGUGCUUACCCAAGAAGGAGAAAGGGUAACUGGUUUAAAAAUUGAGCACUUGGGAGAGACUUCAAUUGCAUCAUCAAUAUCGUAUCUUCAUAAUGGUGUUGUCUAUGUUGGUUCUCGAUUUGGUGAUUCACAGCUCGUAAAGCUGAAUCUCCUACCUGAUGCAACUGGUUCGUUUGUUGAAGUUCUUGAACGAUAUGCGAAUCUUGGACCCAUUGUAGACUUCUGUGUGGUUGACCUUGAUAGGCAGGGGCAAGGUCAGGUGGUCACUUGUUCAGGAGCAUUUAAAGAUGGAUCAGUUCGGGUGGUUCGUAAUUGUAUUGGGAUUAACGAGCAGGCUUCAGUUGCGCUGCAAGGAAUCAGUGGAUUAUGGUCAUUGAAAUCUUCCUUCAGUGAUCCAUACGACAUGUACCUGGUGGUGAGCUUUAUAAGCGAGACACGAUUCAUGGCUAUGAACAUGGAAGAUGUAUUAGAAGAAACAGAGAUAGAAGGCUUUGAUGCACAAACCCAGACUUUGUUUUGCCAAAAUGGCAUCAGUGAUCUGCUUAUACAGAUUACUGCUAAUUCUGUUCGGUUAGUCAGUUGCACUUCCCGGGAGCUAGUGGAUCAAUGGAAUGCACCAGAAGGAUUUUCAGUCAAUGUUGCAUCAGCUAAUGCCAGCCAGGUCCUGUUGGCAACCGGCAGUGGCCAUGUUAUUUACCUAGAGAUUAGGGAUGCUAAGCUGGUUGAAGUGAAACAUGCACAGCUAGAACAUGAUGUCUCCUGUGUUGAUUUGAACCCAGUUGGCGAGAACCCACAGUAUAGUUCUCUAGCUGCUAUUGGUUUGUGGACUGGUAUAAGUGUUAGUACAUAUUCACUUCCAGACCUUGAAUUAAUCAGGAAGGAGAAUUUAGGUGGAGAAAUAGUUCCUCGGUCUGUUCUGCUAUGCACCUUGGAAGGGGUUUCGUAUUUGCUUUGUGCUCUUGGAGAUGGCCACCUGUUCAGUUUUCUUUUAAAUGCAAGUACAGGUGAACUAACUGAUAGAAAGAAGGUUUCUCUUGGUACCCAACCAAUUACCCUUCGUACAUUCUCAUCGAUGGGUACAACUCAUGUGUUUGCUUCAUCUGAUAAACCGACCGUUAUCUAUAGCAGCAAUAAGAAGCUGCUGUAUAGCAAUGUCAAUUUGAAAGGAGUUAAUCACAUGUGCCCUUUCAGUACAGCCGCUUUUCCGGACAGCCUUGCAAUUGCUAAACAAAGUGAAUUUUCUAUUGGAACUAUGGGUGAUAUCCGAAACAAGAAGCUCCGCACGAUACCGUUGAAUGAACAACCAAAGCGUAUUUGCCACCAGGAACAGUCCAGGACACUGGCGGUCUCCAGUUUCAAGUACAACCUAGACAGUAAGGAGGAAAACGAGGCACAUUUUAUUCGUCUGUUGGAUCAUCAAACUUUCGAGUUUCUGUUUACACAUCCACUUGAUCAACAUGAGUGCGGUUGCUCCAUGAUUAGCUGCUCAUUCUCAGAUGAUAAUAAAUUCUAUUAUUGUGUGGGAACAUCAUAUGUUUUACCUGACGAGUACGAACCAGCAAAGGGCCGGAUCCUCGUAUUUGCAGUUGAAGAUGGAAGGUUGCAAUUAAUAGUAGAAAAAGAAACGAAAGGAGCUGUCUAUUCUCUAAAUGCAUUCAAUGGGAAACUGUUGGCAGCUAUCAAUCAGAAGGUCCAAUUAUAUAAGUGGAUGACACGGGAGGAUGGUUUGCAUGAGCUGCAAUCUGAGUGCAGCCAUCGUGGACACGUACUGGCCUUGUGUACCCAAACCCGUGGCGAUUUCAUUGUGGUUGGAGACCUGAUGAAAUCGAUAUCCUUGCUUGUAUACAAGCAUGAGGAGAGUGCAAUCGAAGAGCUUGCUAGGGAUUACAACGCAAACUGGAUGACUGCGGUUGAGAUGAUCGAUGAUGAUAUCUACCUCGGUGCAGAGAAUAGCUAUAACCUCUUCACUGUCCGCAAGAGCAGUGAUCCGGCCAGAGAUGGAGUGAGGGGCAGGCUUGAGGUUGUCGGGGAGUACCACCUUGGAGAGUAUGUGAGCAGGUUCUGUCACGGUUCACUUGUGAUGCACCACCCAGACUCUGAGAUGGGCCAGAUCCUCACGGUCAUCUUCAGCACAACAAACGGGGUCAUCGGCAUCAUCGCCUCCCUGCCCCAUGACCAGUAUGUGUUCCUCGAGAAGCUCCAAGCGACCCUGGUGAAGUUCAUAAAGGGCGUCGGUGGCCUCAGCCACGAGCAGUGGCGGUCGUUCCACAAUGGCAAGAAGACGUUGGAUGCCCGCAACUUCCUGGACGGCGACCUGAUCGAGUCGUUCCUUGACCUUAACAGAGGCAAGAUGGAGGAGGUGGCUGAGGCGAUGGCGGUCCAGGUGGAGGAGCUGCUCCAGAGGGUGGAAGAGCUGACGAGACUGCACUAAACGACGCCGCGCCAUGUACAUCUUUCUUUUGUUGUUUAUCUUAUUGUUGUAGUGUCGGAGGCUUAAGAAUGAUUCUGUGGAGUUGUUUGUAGUAACUUUUCUUCUGCUUUAAGGGUUUGAUAAGGUGUAUCUUUUCUCUGCGCUGAUGUAGAAUUUUACCGGUGAAUUGUCGUGGUUUACAAGCAUGACAUUGCCUUAAGAAAUAAGAACUAUCAAAAGACCAGAAGAAUUUUUUUUUCAAA